AUGCUUCCAACCCCUAAUCUUGACUGCAGAUGCAAAUAGUCUAAAAAACGUCCCUACCAAACAUUUGCAUUUAAACAAAUAGAUAAAGGUCAUUUUGAAAAGCUGCCUCCUCAUGACUUCAGUGUGAGGUGGCAUGUUCCAUGUGUCCCUGCCCUCCUGACAGCGUAGUUAAAGCUCCCACUGUGGCACACCACUCAGUAUGGUGCUGCACACUGGGAUUUAGCUACUGUAGGUAAAUACAGCAGAAGGAGAACAGAGGCCUCUGUGUGUGUGUGUGUGUGUGUUUGUGUGUGUGUGUGUGUACAUGUCACGCUGCUCAACAGCAUCAUGGAAACAGAAUAUUCUAAAAGAGUGUACCAAGGCGUUCGAGUCAAGCACACAGUCAAAGACCUGCUGGCGGAGAAGAGGUCCCGACAGACGAAUGGGCCCAGAUACAGUGGAGGAUCAACGACACCACCUUCAUUUGUCCAGAUGCCAGGGUCUCACAUGCUGCCCAGCUACUAUAGCAUGAGGCGUCCCUUCAUCUCAGACUCAGACUUCUGCCCAUCCACCAAGCAGUUCUCCCCUGAUGUCUAUUCAUCCACACUGGGUGGUAAACCUCUGGGCUGCGAGCCCUCCACCAUGACCAGUUACUCCUCCCUCAUUGACGGUUACUACCCAGAGACCUUUGGUGAUUACCGCAGCGCCGCCACCUUCUCCAGCUCCGGAGGAUCCUUCCUGCCUUCAUCGGCCCUCUCGUCCCUGCUGCCUCCCUUUAGUGGAGAGUCCUCACAUCUAUUUCUGAGAGACUCGUGGGAGCAGUCUGUUCCCGAGUCAGUAUCCCAGGUGGAGGCUCUGUGUCCUGACAGCCUGACCUCUGUCAGCGUCCCUCCCUCCAUGCCCAGCCCAGAACCCCCAGGGAGCCCCUCCCAGUACCGCUCGCCCAGCCGCGGCUCCUCCAUGGGCCCCAGCAGCCAACCUUACACCUUACACUCUCUGGAAGACGCCCACUAUCACCCCCUUACCACCAGCAGCUCCUACUCGGUCCCCUCCACCUCCUUCUCCUGCCCUCCCUACAUGACCAGCCCCGUCAGCGACUUGGUUUCCAAGAUGGUGACGGAGGAGGUGGCCGACAGCCACACCAGUCUGCCUCCCAAUGGCGAGGCCCACUCAUGCUGGCCCAAAGAGGACGGAGUGAGCUCGUGGUCAAACUACGAGAUCAGGAGGGCCUACUGACUGCAGGACUGACCUGAUGUACAAAAGAAAGUGGAGGUUUCACAGACAAUUAAACAGUGACUUCAACAGGCACUUGACAGCACAGAGACAACGCAUUCAAACAGCAGUCAAGUGUUUUGUUGACAGGACAAUUUGAAUGCAUUUACAAGGAUUAAUAUGUUGGUAGGAGUGUGGUAGCCCAUGUUGACCAAGGUGCCCAUAUUACAGCCUGAUCUGGUAGGAAAAUCUUUCUUAUCUUUUUAAACGUGUGUGCUUUUGUUUGAUGUAUAUAAAAAGGAGUGAUCCAUGUAGACCCAAUCAGAAAACAGUCACACUAUAAGUCUUGACUACUGAAACACGAGCAAAAAUGUAAUAAAAAAGGACAGUCAUUUUCAUGGUAUGAGGCCUUGGUCAAACAAAAUACAAACUAACAAACUACAUGAACAUGACACAUGCUGAGCACUCAAGAGGAACUUGUGCGGUUGCUGGUGGGUACAGUUAGCUUAACUAAUAAAUACAGUACAUAUGCCCAUAUAUUUGUGUUUAGGUAUAAAUAAAGGCAAGUAGCAUAUCAGAAUGGUUUGAAGUUGAUAUUCGGUGUAUUUAUUGUCAGAAUAACCAAUAAAGAAGAAAUCGAUCACCUAUGACAAGCCUCCCACCGGCCUGAGUCAGCUGUAACACUUCAACACCACAUGCUGCCAUGAGAAUUUCAUAAACGCAUCCAAACAGAGACGCUGUGCAGUAAAACUGUAAAAGGCUACAUUUAAUAGAGUUUUUCUAUCACGUUGAGUCAAUGUCAGUAAUUUAACUUUGUCUGACUAAAUAAAAUGAAUGCAAACUUAUACAUAAAGCUCAUGUGUUUACUCAGUUAUUACAUAUAAAGUUAAAGAAACAGCGAAUUUGUUCAAGUAUUUAUGAGUCACAUAUUUUACAUAACAGUAAUGCAUUUCAAGUAAGUUAUUCUGUCUCUUGUAAUAAAUCACACUCAAGUUAUUUAAUUGUGAGCCUUUAAACUGAACUUUUGACAUAAAAUUUAGAUGUAAUUAAAAUAUUGAAAUUCAAACUUUUGGGCAUAAUUAUUUGUUUAAGUGAAAGCAAACUUAGCUGAUAAAGAAAAUAAAGAGCAAAGACAGAACAAUGACACUUUCAGGAUCACUAUGUCUUGUAUGAAAAAAUACUUCAACGCCUGCAUCCACUUUACUGGGAUACAUCUUGUCAAUUAUCACACUGUUUGGUACCAGAGCAAAUGAAGACAUUUUGCCAUGAAGUUUUUGCCGCAGAUGAAAAGCUGCUGCUUUAACAUGAAUCCCUACGCAAAAUAGAUGUUUCACCUUUUAAAGGAGAUUCUUAGAUUCUUACUUGGUGCAUGUGCCUGUGAAUAUAAUAAAGGUGAAUAAAAUAAAACACUUUAGAACCUGAAAAGUUUGAUGAGGAUAUUUCUUACGCAUAUCAUACCUCACUGUUGUACAAUAAAAUUAAGCUAAUUUUACGUGUGUGAAGCUUAUGGGAGUCCAAAGAUGGACACACUUCAAAAAUCACCACAAAAAGAAUUAAUAAGGGGUUUAUUACACAAAUGCUAUAUUGUUAUUAUAAACAGAUACAAGGACAUUUUAUGACUCAGCUGUAAUGUGGAGACACAGAACAAACAGUAAGACAGAGAGGCUCCUUUAAAACUCUCAGAGUGAUGACUGAUGAUGAGUCAGCACUGUUCAGUGCAGA